GGCUGCAGGUGUGGGACUCAUCUAAAACCAGACUUACCGUGUUGCUGUACAAGUUACCUCCCCUCCUACCUCUAUACAGAAAGUAGGAUUUACUUCCUUGUUACGUGGACAAGACAGACACUCCCCUGCACGUUCUUCACGUCUUACCAGAGUCUCCUUCUUCAUGUUCUUGGAAUCUGAAAUGCUUGUAUGGAACAAACUACAGCUUUUGAAGGAUGGAAACUGACGACAACGUGGCACAAGGUGGCGCUGUGGCAAGACCAUUCACAGAUACUGUAGCUGCCACAGAGGGAAGUCAGCAACAUGGGAGACAACUCACUACAAUAUCAACACAAGAUGGUGCGGCGGCUAGACCUUUCACAGAUAAUGUAGCUGCCACAGAGGGAAGUCAGCCACAGGGGAGACAACUCACUACAACAUCAACACUAGAUGGCGCUGUGGCUAGGCCUUACACAGAUACUGUAGCUGCCACAGAGGGAAGUCAGCAGCAGGGGAGACAACUCACUACAACAUCAACACAAGAUGGCGCUGUUGCUAGACUUUUCACAGAUACUGUAGCUGCCACAGAGGGAAGUCAGCAGCAGGGGAGACAACUCACUACAACAUCAACACAAGAUAGCGCUGUGGCUAGGCCUUUCACAGAUACCUUAGCUGCCACAGAGGGAAGUCAGCAGCAGGGGAGACAACUCAAUACAACAUCAACACCAGAUGGUGCUGUGACAAAACCUUACACAGAUAAUGUAGCUGCCACAGAGGGAAGUCAGCAGCAGGGGAGACAACUCGCUACAACAUCAACACCAGAUAGCGCUGUGGCUAGGCAUUUCACAGAUACUGUAGCUGCCACAGAGGGAAGUCAGCAGCAGGGGAGACAAUUCACUACAACAUCAACACCAGAUGGUGCUGUGACAAGACCUUACACAGAUACUGUAGUUGCCACAGAGGGAAGUCAGCAGCAGUGGAGACAACUCACUACAACAUCAACACCAGAUUGCACUGUGGCUAGACAUUACACAGAUACUGUAGCUGCCACAGAGGGAAGUCAGCAACAGGGGAGACAACUCACUACAACAUCAACACCAGAUGGUGCUGCGGCUAGACCUUUCACAGAUAAUGUAGCUGCCACAGAGGGAAGUCAGCAACAGGGAAGACAACUCACUACAACAUCAACACCAGAUGGUGCUGCGGCCAGACCUUUCACAGAUAAUGUAGCUGCCACAGAGGGAAGUCAGCAACAGGGGAAACAACUCACUACAACAUCAACACCAGAUGGCGCUGUGGUUGGUCCUUCCACAAAUACGACCGCCUCCGUGGUCUUGUGGUAGAGCGUCCGCCUGGAGAG